CGCUCAGGCCCGGGAGUGGACGGUUCCUACUGCGGCUGGGCACCGGCUGGGCUCCCGUGUCGGCCCUGCGUUUCAAGCUUGCGCCCGGCCCAUCCUCAGCCCAGCUUGGCCCGGCCCCGGCCUCGGAACGAAGUCGCCGCUGCCGCUGGGCCUCUCGCAGGGCCAUGAGGAAGCGGCGGCAGGCACUGCAGCCCGCGUCAAGGUGACCAGCCCGGACUGCAGCGGACCUCUCAGGCAGGUUAUGUCACCAGCAGAGGUGGCUCCGAAGCUCCCUGAGGCCUGGAGACUAUGUACAAGAGGAAUGGUCUGAUGGCUAGCGUGUUGGUCACCUCCGCCACUCCACAGGGCAGCAGCAGCUCAGACUCGCUGGAGGGCCAGAGCUGCGACUAUGCCAGCAAGAGCUAUGAUGCGGUUGUUUUUGAUGUUCUGAAAGUGACUCCUGAGGAGUUCGCUAGUCAGAUCACACUGAUGGACAUCCCUGUGUUCAAAGCCAUCCAGCCAGAGGAAUUGGCCAGCUGCGGAUGGAGUAAGAAGGAGAAACACAGCCUUGCCCCUAACGUCGUGGCCUUUACCAGGAGGUUCAACCAGGUCAGUUUUUGGGUUGUGCGAGAAAUUCUAACAGCACAGACUUUAAAAAUAAGAGCAGAGAUCCUGAGCCAUUUUGUGAAAAUAGCCAAGAAACUUCUAGAACUCAACAACCUUCAUUCUCUCAUGUCUGUGGUGUCAGCAUUACAAAGUGCUCCUAUCUUCAGGCUGACAAAAACCUGGGCUCUUUUGAAUCGCAAAGACAAGACCACUUUUGAGAAGCUGGACUACCUGAUGUCCAAAGAGGACAACUACAAGCGGACGCGGGACUACAUCCGAAGUCUGAAGAUGGUGCCCAGCAUUCCCUACCUAGGCAUCUACCUUCUGGAUUUGAUCUACAUUGACUCUGCAUACCCUGCUUCUGGCAGCAUCAUGGAAAACGAACAAAGAUCCAACCAGAUGAACAACAUCCUCCGGAUCAUUGCUGAUUUGCAAGUUUCCUGCAGCUACGACCACCUCACCACCCUGCCGCAUGUGCAGAAGUACCUGAGGUCCGUGCGCUACAUUGAGGAGCUGCAGAAGUUUGUAGAAGAUGAUAACUACAAGUUGUCACUCAGAAUCGAACCAGGAAGCAGUUCUCCAAGACUAGUCUCUUCCAAGGAAGAUCUUGCAGGCCCCUCUGCCGGCUCCAGCUCAGCCAGGUUCCGCCGGAGGCCCACCUGUCCUGAUACAUCUGUGGCUGGCAGCCUCCCGACACCGCCAGUCCCCAGACACAGGAAGAGCCACAGCCUGGGCAACAAUAUGAUGUGUCAGUUGAGUGUAGUUGAAAGUAAGAGUGCAACAUUUCCAUCGGAGAAGGCCAGGCACCUGCUGGACGACAGCGUCCUAGAGUCCCGCAGCCCCCGCAGGGGCCUCACCCUCACCUCCUCCACCGCCAUCACCAACGGACUCUCCCUAGGCAGUAGUGAGAGCUCAGAGUUUAGUGAAGAAAUGUCUGCAGGGCUGGAAAGCAGGGGACGUCUCUAUGCCACACUGGGGCCCAACUGGCGGGUUCCAGUUCGGAAUUCUCCCAGAACUCGGAGCUGUGUCUACAGCCCCACGAGCCCCUGUACCUGUACUGUGGGAAGCUCAGCCACUGUGCCCACUAUGGAGGGGCCUCUGAGACGGAAAACCCUGCUCAAGGAAGGCCGGAAGCCUGCACUGUCCUCGUGGACCAGGUACUGGGUUGUACUCUCAGGAUCUACCCUCCUUUACUAUGGAGCCAAGUCCUUGCGAGGCACAGACAGAAAACAUUAUAAAUCUACACCUGGCAAGAAGGUCUCCAUCGUAGGCUGGAUGGUGCAGCUGCCUGAUGACCCCGAGCACCCAGACAUCUUCCAGCUGAAUAACCCUGACAAAGGCAAUGUUUACAAGUUCCAGACGGGCUCCCGUUUUCAUGCGAUUCUGUGGCACAGGCACUUGGAUGACGCGUGUAAAAGCAACAGGCCUCAGGUACCUGCAAACCUUAUGUCGUUUGAAUGAGUAUCUGCAGGCCUUGGCAUGACCGGAAAGGCUUCUGAGAGCCUAGCCUAGGCCUGGUGGAGGAGAGCAGCUCUGGACAUAAGCUGUGGGCCAAGGCACUGGAGCCUCAUAGCUGGACUCGAGGAACAUGACCUGCGGCCUCACAGUCCUGGAUGGCUCCCCAGUGUGAGAUCCACCUGUCAACCCACAG